AAGAACACCACGAACAUGAGAAACAGGAGACGAAAGAUAAAGAACACGCUCACGAAGGAACGGAAGCCAGCCAUCACCACGAGCACAGUAUGAUAGAUGAUCAUUCUCUUAUAGGGAUAACACUGGUGUCCGGCUUUAUAUUUAUGUUGUUGAUUGACCAGAUUGGAGGCGGGGGACAUAUUCAUGCACCAGCAGACACAGAUUUGCCGACAACAAAUUCAUCACAGAACAGACAUAAAAUUACAGCCACUUUAGGAUUAGUGGUGCACGCAGCAGCUGAUGGUAUUGCUAUGGGGGCUGCUGUCUCAAUGUCCACAGCUCAUCUAACACUUAUAGUGUUUGUAGCUAUAAUGUUACAUAAG